GAAACCAUGUUGGGUCAACAUCUGCAAUCUUUGAUGCCUCGGACGCUUUUGUGAAUGGUGAGUGGGAAUGAUUUGGAAGCAAAACUAAAGAUUUGGAUUUACUGUUCCUCAAAACUUUUGAAAAAUUAUUUUUUUCAGGAACAAUGCUGGGCAUUUCAGAGAAAAUGGACCAAUUUAAGAACUAUCUUUUUGAAAGCUUUGAGGACGGCUGCGCUCUUAAAGGAAUGGUAAUCGGUGUUGUUGUUGGAACUCUUGCAACACUGAUUAUCAUAACCAUGGUAUAUGUCCUCAGCAGAUAUUGCCGUAAGUGCGUAAGAUAUUGCUGCAAGAAACGCAGUAACAAUUCUGGUGUAAAACUGAAUAGAAGUGGGCAGACAUCAAGCACUAAAACACCUGAACCUUAUGUCAUUAUUGAUAUAUACGGCUUUGACCCUGUUCCAGUAGAUACAACUGAAGUAACUCAACGAGCAAAGAGCAAAGAGUGCGUGAUUGUUGAAGUCGACAACGCAGCUUACAGUCCAGCCGAUAAUGAUGUGGUUAAAGAGGAUGCACCUGAAGCAGAGGGAGAAUCACAUGAUGAUGGAGAGACCGCACAACGUGAACAACAUGAAGUUACUGUUGAGCCAGAAACCAUCAAUAGCGAGGACGAACCUCGCAGCAUUUGAGGAUUGAAGACAGAUCCUGAGGGGGGUGGGAACAUAACUGCAGUAUUAACGGACACAGAUUACAGUAACAUAUAUGUUAAAUGGUAUAAAUUUCUUCUUGUACAGUAUUGAUUGUAAUGAUAUAUGAUAUUUGAUU